AUGGCCAACGAGUACGCCUAUGCCGGGUCUGCAGGCGAGGAGGAGCCCCAGUCGCCGUCGUCGCAGGGCCACUCGUCGUUCGGCAUCAGUAACCCCUUUGGCACACCGAACGACACCCCGCGCAACUCCUUCUACGGCGCACAAGGUGCACCAGCCGUGCCCGAGAAGAUCAACCGCUCGCCCCCUUCGGCGUUCCCCUCCUUCCCCUUCCAAAGCCAUGCAGGCAACCCCGACCCCGGCACCGUCAUUCCCGGCAUUGGGCGGCGUGAGUCGCUAGACUCUCUCGCUGCCCUCGCGCAGAACGGCCAGAUCCUACACACUCCUGCCAACCUCAACAACCACCCACUGUCCCCGCCCGGAAGCGGCACCGCCUACCCCACUGGCGCUGCCCCGGGCGGCUACGGCCUCGUUGAGGAGAGUGAGGACCUCGGUCGUCCCUUCGCUCCUUUCAUGGGCGACGUCCCCGAGCGCGCGCAGACGCCAUCCAGUGCCGGCAGUCAGCUCUAUCGCAACUCUGCCGCCGCCGCCGUAUCAGGCAAGGGCGAAUACGGCAGCGACAACGGCCAUGGGCUUCCACGGACCGGCAGCGGGCAGCAGAUCAGCAUGCGCGCGCCGUUCCUCAGCCCUGCAAGCCGUCCGACGAGCAGCCUAUGGGCACCUCCGAGCUUCCCGUAUGCGUACCCGCCUGGUAGUGGGAGCAGCACGGCUUUGGGCGGCUACGCGGGCAGUGGUAUUUUGGGCCAGUACUCCAGCUACGCCGACAUCCAAGCGCAGCUCCGCAAGAGCAAGCCAAUAAUGCCAUCGUCGAAGAUCUCGCAGAAGCUGACGAAGGAGGACAAACCGUGGUUGUUGCAGAAGGACAGCAGGUCGCGCGCGAGCUACUGGCUGACCCUCGCCGGUGUCUUCGCGGGCAUUGCUGGCGCGGCGGUCCUCUGCUACUUCACCUGGGUCGACACGUACUUCCUCGCGGAUAGCCAGGUCUGCUCGUACUUCUACGACGACUUCAGUGGCGGCCUGGAUACGACGAACAAUUGGAACACGGACAACGAGCUGGGUGGUUUCGGCAAUGGCGAGUUCCAAAUCACGACUGACGACUCUACGAACUUGCACGUCACGAAUGGCCAGCUAUACAUCACCCCGACGCUCACUAGCGACAAUCUCGACGGUGGCUAUCCGGCGAUCUUCGACGGCGGUUCGUUCGAUUUGGGUGACAGUUGCUCGACAGAUAACACGACUGCGUGUUCGGUCAAGUCGUCCAACGACACUGGUACCGUCAUCAACCCCGUCACCUCUGCUCGUAUCAACACGAAGGGCCACUAUCAGCUCAAGUAUGGCAAGGUCGAGGUCGUGGCUAAACUUCCCCAGGGUGACUGGCUUUGGCCUGCCAUCUGGAUGUUGCCCAACAGCACCGACGUGUACGGACAGUGGCCGAUGUCUGGUGAGAUCGAUAUUAUGGAGGCUCGUGGCAACGCAGCGUCCUAUGCUGGCCAGGGAGUGAACUACGUGCGCUCGUCGCUGAACUACGGCCCGCUCGCAGCGUUGUACACCACGCUGUACGGAUGGUGGAGCGAGAAGCAGUCUACGUUCGCCGAUGACUUCCACACGUACACACUCGAGUGGACGGAAGACUUCAUGCGGCUCUACGUCGACACGCGCCUCGACGCCAUGCUCACGGUCAAGCUCCAGGGCAAGAGCGGCAAGAGCUUCUUCAACCGUGGCGGCUACCCCAGCACCACGCAGAACGGCUCUAGUGAGGCCGUCGUCACCAAUAUAUGGGAACAGGCAGGCGGAGGCCCGAAUGCACCGUUCGACCAGGAGUUCUACCUGCUUAUUGACUUGGCCGCUGGAGGCACCAGCGGGUGGUUCCCGGACAAUGUUGGUGGCAAGCCGUGGUAUGACGGCUCGGACUCGGCUAUGCGCGAGUUCGCGGAGGCGCAGGCGACAUGGUCGGGCACUUGGCCGUCGAGCACCGACGACCGGUCCUUCAGGAUGUGA